AAACGCCCCGCGCACUUUACGAACCAACAAACUUGCCGAUUACAAAAAAAUUAUCCACCCUACCCGCAUUUUAUGCCUGUCUUCCGUACCUAUCCACAAAUUCAUUUCUCACGAAUUAGUGGACGAAGAUUAUCGAAAUGGGUAAUAAAUAUUAUAGAAACUUCAUUUUGUGGGGGGAAGUAGAUUUUUAUUGUUUGUUAUGUGUGGAGGCUUUUAGGGAUAGAUCCGACUUGGACAAGCACAUUCGCUGGGAAAAUCACAGGAAGUUGCUGAAGUCCCAGGUUAAAAAUCACAAGUUUAAGAAGGACAUCGUCUACAAGGUGGAAGAGCUAUUUUAUUGUGAAGUCUGCAAUUAUGUAGCGCCAAGCAUCGAGGUGAUGAACACCCAUGUCGCUACCGAUGACCAUAAAGCCAGCAAAGCGAAACCGAAGACCGAAGCUGAACUAAUCAACACCGCCUGUACAAGAGAACUGGAGUACGUUAUAGUUACUGACAUUAUCGUGGAGGAAAAAGACUGGAACUGUAUAACACAUCAAAAUUUUUGUCUGGUGUGUGGUUUCCUCGUCGGCGAUUUUAUGGUAGAGCAUUGCAGGACACGGGACCAUAUCAUAAACUUGAUUGGCUCUAAGGUGGUUGUCGAAGGCGAUAAGUUCUACAGAAAGCUCUACAAUGAUCGCUUCUACUGCUUAUGCUGUAAGGAAGCACUACAAAUGUCCGUCUUCCAGGACCAUUGGACUUGUAAAGAGCAUAUCGACUUUAAAGCCGAUUGUAUCUUCGAAACCACUUAUGCUACCGCUACCGCGAUAAAAGAUCGCCUGAAUCCUAAGCAAAAAAUUGAAGAGGUUCUUCUGGAACGUCUGAAAUAUGACUACGAGAGGCUUGACGAUAAGAAUCUGGCGAUAUGCAAUGAGUGCCAAUGUGUGCUGAAGUUAGAGUUCCAAAUUAUGCACGAUCAUAAAAAAAUCCAUGAAAAUUCCAAACCUAUUAAAGAAGUAGAAAGUGACUCGGAAGAUGACAAGUAUCAAGUGGUGUUCUGUGAGUUGACAGAUCACGGGCAGCGUAGACGAGAGCUAAAGGAGUAUGGGAGCAAGAAUUUUAUAAGACUCAACUCAGGCGGGAGUAAAGGGUACUGCAGAUUAUGCACGACAACUAUAUCGGGCCACUUGAAAUUGUUCAAAGAACACGUAAGAGGCGCACGGCAUAGAGGCAACUUGGAGCUGGAUGGGAAAAAAUCUAGUAGAAUACACAAGACAUGCACGGACACACACAGGUCUAUAGUAGAACGGCUGAAUGCUGUGUACGUGAUGAAAGAAGAAAACCUUCUAUGCAUCAACAAGACCGUUUGCCUCGACAUCCAUUCUUUUGUCAUGGUAUACAAUAUUGAUAAACGCUUUCAGUAUGACGUAACGAAAUGCUUUAUCUGCAAUGCUCCUUACCGCUUUGACUACGAUUUUGAGCAUUAUAGCACCUCAGCCCAUAAGAAGGAAUUCCUUAAUUUAAGAGUGCUGGAUAUACCGGGAGAGUUCAUAAGGAUAGUGCGCAAUCGUUUUCAUUGCGGCACAUGCAACAAACUGUAUCCUUACUGGGAGCUGAUGGAGAAGCAUUUGAACUCGAAGCACCACAAAGUCGCUAAGAGGGUGAAGUAUGAAGUGUUCAGAAAACUGCGCGUGGAUGAUAAGAUGAUGAAAAUAACUAGCAAAAACCCAGAUAUCCUUUAUCUCCAGUUGCUCACCUUGGGUGUUCUAAAGAGUUCAUGUGAAGAAGCGCUGUACCAACUUAAAAAAGUAUUGAACACAACUGAUCCACAAGUCAAGCCAUCGAAAUUAAAUCUAGUGUAAAAUAUACAUUUCAUGCACA